AUGCAACUCUGGCGAGCACGGAGAACAUGUGGACAGAUGACAACGUCCUACAAUCAUGCUUUAUUCCUGGUUCUUUGUCUGCUGUGUUGGGCACCGGCACCAGUUGUCGGGGACUGUUUGCCGGAAGCAGUACCGGAGAAGAAUCGCACGUACAUCCAAGACAUCGACGGCAAUGACAUCCCAAUUGGCUUUCUCAGAAUGGAUUGGCACUCUUCCGUCAUUGCAACGGCCAUUGCGCGCAUCCUUGUUGAGGAGGUCUUGGGGUAUCAUACCACCGCGGAUGCAGAUCCCGCGCUUAGAUCCCGGUACGCAUUUCUUGCUUUGGCCGGCUGCCAAAACUACAACGAUGCUGAAGGUCCCAUGUGUGCCAGCGGCACUCCCGACCUCAGGAUCCACAUUGCCAUGGCUACAUGGCUGGGGACCAAUAUCGACUCCUGGGAUGAGGUUCAGGAGAUGUUCUCCACCCACGCACCCAAGGACUUGGGGGCAAUGGGCUGGACUGGCCGAGAGCACAUGUUUGUCAAAAAGCAGACGUUGGUGGAUGCAUACGAGGCGGAGGGUGUGAUGCUGGAUUUCUACAAAGGUUACAACGUGUCCCACCACAAGGUGCACAAGUACUUUGAUUCGGUUUUCGACAUCGACUCCACGAUGCUGAAGCCAUGCCAUUUUCCGGGAUCCACGUUCCAGGACACAGUCCUCAUGGCCAGCUACUUGCGUUGGACAGGCGAUCGGGAUGGCGUCUUGGAGGUAAACGACGGCAAGUUCAUUGCCAAGUGCGAUCAGACGCACUGGUGGGUGUCACCAGCCUGCCGGUACAACAUCUCAGAAUGCAUUCCAGCCGCUUAG